GCUGUAGCUUUCGUCACCAUUCAAAUUGCCCCUAAAUCAUAUAAUAAAAAUGUGAACAUGAGAAAACAAAGGUCGCUACGUCCCACUUUUGGAGACCAGUGAUGGAAGAAUUCAAGAAAAAAAUGGUGAUGAAAACGAUAUACGGUUCAAAACGCGGGACGCACAAUGCCUAUGAGAAAUCAUCGCUCUAUGCGCGUUGACAUUGUCCUAAACGAUGUAAAAUAUGAUCUGGGCACAACAUUUCAAAUUCCAGGUGCUUGAAAAUUCCGGUUGGGUUCAUUAAAAACGAAAAAUCCAGAUGCUUAACAACUGGAAAAGUCCAGAAGAGCGGGACCCACUCCUACGUAUCUCCUCCACAUGGUACAUGCAAAGCACAGGUGAUUUCAGACACAGGACAGGCCCAAUGAAUUUCUCUUGCAUUUGGGUAUAUUAAAAGAGAUGAGGCUUCACUGCAGGCCGGUAAAGACGGCCGGCCAGGCUGGCCACGCGUCUCAACGGGACCCGCCAUUGUUUGCUGACGUGACCCUUGAUCAGGCAUGGAGGGUCUUCACAAGAACGUCCCUAAUUCUGUCGACGUGGAUACUCCUCGAUCUUCCCGCACCAGUUGACCUUAAAGGCUAGGAAUGCUCGAGGCUCUAUAUAUCGGAACCCCUCAUUCUCUGAUACUUGGGAUUCUUCCUACUGUACAUUUAUCCAGAGUCUAUAUACACAGAUAUAUAAAGUUAUAGGUACAUCUUGCCAUUCUGUGCUGUUUUGCAGUGUAUGCCAUCAGGGAAGAUGGCGGUAAAGGGUCGGCUUCUGCAAUUUGUUUUUGUUCAUGUAUCUGUAGUUCUUUGCCUUUGGUCAAUGCAGGGGACUUAUGCUCAGGGGAACAGUUCUUGGCAAACUCUUAGCGGCAAAGCACCACUGGUCAUAGCUCAUGGUGGACUAUCUGGACUUUUUCCUGACCAAACUCUUCCUGCAUAUCAAAUUGCAAUUAGUACCAGCUUAUCCAAUGCUGUAAUGUUCUGUGAUUUGCAAUUAACAAAAGAUGCACAAGGCAUAUGCCGAACAGAUAUAAAUUUGGAAAAUACAACAACUAUAAGUUCCUUUUUCCCAAAUCAGAGUAGUACAUAUCUUGUCAAUGGCCAAAAAAUCACUGGAUAUUUUGCUAUUGACCACACAGCAGAUGUGCUCCUAAACAAUAUUACAGCAAUCCAGGCAAUCUCAUCACGUCCUACCGUCUUCGAUGGAUCUUUUCUACUGCUUCCACCAGAUGCCAUGGCUGCAAUUAAUGUUUCUUCAAUUUGGUUGAAUGUACAGUAUUCAAAAUUUUAUGAUGAGCACAAUCUGAGCAUGCCAUCAUAUGUGCGGAGUUUAUCAAGAAAUAUGAUAUUGGAUUACGUAUCUUCAACUGAGGUUGGGUUUUUGAGAGCCGUAGCAGCAAAUUUUAGAAGAAGCAAAACGAAGUUGAUACUCAGAUUCCUGGAUAAAGAAGAUACUGACCCUUCAAUAAAUCAAACCUAUGGUUCCAUCUUAACAAAUUUAACAUUUGUGAAGACAUUCGCUGCUGGAAUCCUCGUUCCAAAGAGCUUUAUUUGGCCACUUGGUACAGAUGGAUAUUUACAAGCUCCUACAAGUCUUGUUAAAGAUGCACACACUUCUGGGCUGGAAAUUUUUGCAGCUGACUUUGGUAGUGAUGAAUAUGGCCUGAGCCACAAUUAUAGCUAUGAUCCAGUAAAAGAGUAUCUACAGUUUGUGGACAACAAGAAUUUCGCUGUUGAUGGCAUUCUAACCGACUUCCCUGUAACGGCAUCAGAGGCGAUAGCUUGCUAUGCUCACAAUAAUGUCAGUAGACCCUCAAGAACAGCAGGAAACCCAUUAAUCAUUUCCCACAAUGGAGCAAGUGGCGAUUAUGUAGGUUCAACUGAUAUUGCCUAUCAGGCUGCCAUAAGAGAUGGAGCUGACUACAUUGACUGCUCUGUCCAAAUAACAAAAGAUGGCGUUCCUUUCUGCAGGGAGUCACCAGACCUUAUGGUUGGGACAGCUGUUUUAUCAAAUUCAGCAUAUUAUCCAUCUCUUCUCAAAAGCAUACCAGACAUCCAGAGCGAUAAAGGCAUCUUUACAUUUGAUAUCACAUGGGGCGAUAUUCAAGGCUUGCAAAAAAACAUUUACAGCCCAUUUGAGGAGAAUUAUCAGCUUGUAAGAAAUCCUGCAGAGGCUAGCAUGGGGAGUUACAUGAACUUGACUGCUUUUCUCCAAUUUGCGAAGGAAGCCAACAUUAGUGUCCUUAUCAACAUAGAGAAUGCACGAGCUAUAAUAUCAAGUAGUAACCUUGACAUCACAAAUGCCACUCUGUCUGCGUUAAAGAUUUCUGGCUAUGAUAAUAAAACUGAUAGGAUUAUGAUACAGUCUGAUGACAGUGCAGUGCUCCUUCAAUUCAAGCAAAAAACAAAAUUUAAGCUUAUUUAUAAAGUUGAUGAAAGCAAUGUCAUUAUCUCUGAUUCAUCCAUCAAGGAGAUCAAAACACUUGCUGACUCUGUGACAAUAUUCAGGGGUGUCAUAUUUCCCUCUGCUAGUAGUUUCUUUCUGUCAAAUGCCACGGAUGUUGUCAGACGAAUGCACAGUCAAAACCUAUCAGUUUUUGUGCAUUUUCUGAGAAAUGAAUUCCCUGCUUUAGCCUUCGAUUAUUUUGAAGAUCCAACAAUGGAAAUCAGCUCCUUUGUGGAAGUUGCCAAAGUAGAUGGGCUUAUCACUGACUUCCCAGCAACUGCAUCAGCAUAUUUGAAAAAUGCUUGUCGUCAAAGUCGGACAACAAUUGACUAUGCCAUGCAAAUUGUUGAUCCUGGAUCUCUUCUAACUCUUGCUCCAGCUCCAGCUCAAGCACCAGCUCCGGCUCUUGGAGAAGUGAUGGAACCUCCAUUGCCAUCACUGAAAGUUAGUCCUGCCUCUGAGCCAUCUACGGAACCACUGUCCCCCACUUCACCGACCAAAUCUGGCAGUGUUUCUCUUACCAGGCACUCUAUGUUUGUAUCUCUUCUAAUAGGCCUCUUCAUAUUAUUCUUUGCUUCUUAUUAAGAAGGAUAUUGUACCAUUUUUUUGAGGAAGAUUCUUCUGCACCAUUUUUGUAUAUCACGAUUUUAUAAGUGCCAGAUAUUAUUUUGGCCAAGUAGCAUCCUAUGCUAUCAGUUUUCUUUUUUUAUUAAUUCAUUUGUGAUGUUUAUCUUUCCUUAUAUAAUUCACAGAAAGAGAAUCAUACCAUACGGAAGAUUUUAAGUGGAAGAACCCUCUUCCAAUUGUUUUUCCAGUUUGACAGAAUUGCGUGGUGUUAAAUUAAAUUUCAGAAAUUAAAUCUGAUGUAAUUUCUUUCUUCA